CAGAAGGCCAACAUUCUAAAGAAAGUUUUAAAAUAGUAUUAUGGGUUACCAAAGUGUUCUCGUAACUGUUGCUUGCCUAGUUAUCGCUACAACAGGACAUUCCCAAGAUCAUUCUGGAAAGCAUUUUAUUGUUGCCUUCUUUCGAAACCUUGACCUGAGGAAUUUUGACGCAUACAUUCUGAUCACACCUACCACAGAUGCAAACACAACAGCGAGUAUUCAAUUCGAACAAUUCAAUGUGCCCUUAACUCUCACUUCAGGGCAUACUGAACAGAUAAGUUUGCGCGAACAGUUUAAAAACUUGAAUAGAUAUACGAAUAUAGAAAAUCCAGUUUUUGAACUUACUACAUCAAAUCCCGUGACCGUCACUGCUCUUGUUAAGGGCCCGGACUCUAUUUCAUCAUACCUUGUUUAUCCGUGUACAGAGGCAGGUCGAGAAUUCCGAAUGGUUCCAUUUUGCAAUGCAAAAAUGAAUGGUGAGUGCGUUUGUUCCAUAGUUACUCUUCGUGAAAAUACUACGAUUACUUUAGAAAACAAUAACAACGGCAACAUCACCGUCUUCCAUGAGCACCAUGUUGGUGGGGAAACCAUUGAUUCUUUGUCCUUAUCCAACACUAAUCCAUUUAUAGUGCAAAAUAACAAAUCCAGAUACAUUGCAUUACAGAGCUCUGAUGACUUUAGCGGGCUUCUUUUGAAAACGACAUUUAAAGUUGUGGUAUUCUGUGGUGGUAUGAUAAAAGGUGCAACAACGUCCAUGGAACAAAUUCUUCCAAUUAAGCAGUAUGGUAAAGCUUUUUAUUCAUUUCCAAUUAACACAGAGAUUAUGCCACUGUCUAAACUUCGUUUUGUAGCGCAUUUCAACUUGACUACUGUGGCAAUUAAUGACAAAGAAAGCUGGAUGAUUGACGCUGGGAAAUUUAAAGAUGAACUCAUCCAAGAUUCAGAUAUAUACCGAAUUACCUCUAACAAGCCGAUAGGGUUAUAUCAAAUAUUCUCAGGGAACAAUCCAUCUAGAAGCGACAAAUACGAUGAAGGCUUGGUAUUAGUACCAUCGAAAGAACAGUAUAUACCAUCUGUUAUAAUUCCUCGACGGAGACAAAAUGACCCUACAGCGUUUUAUGUUGGGUUGGUUUCUCAAGUAAACUAUACCUAUCAAACAUAUGAAGGCAACACGGACAAAAUCACUAUUAUCAAAGACUUAAUUCGAGAAUCUGACAACGAUGGGCGAGUUCUUAAUAUAUCGAUGACUAUUUGCAAAUCUGUUGAAGAUAGCUAUAAUAUGAGUGUGUACAUUUACCGUAUCACUGACGGGGGGUCUUCCUUCAGCAUUGCUGGUCUCAAGUUCAAUUCUGAAAUAACGGAGGGUAGCGAACGUCGGGUAAAUUCUUGCGAAAUUACUGCCACGUCCACCACCAUUGACUAUGGUACUUAUGAAAGCGACGUCACGACUGAUAUCACAACUAACCUGGAUGUCCCUAAAACGUCUACAAUAAAAAAUCAAGUAGACGAGGAAGUAACAUCUCCACAAACCUCUCAACGUUCCAUGUGUCAGCCAUGUCAACCGAAGUCUGAUAUCACCACCACAUACCCCGCCGCUACUACCACCGCUUAUAAAACCACCUCAACCACAAACGCCGCCGCUACUACAACCGCCUAUAAAACCACUUCUGUCAAAACAAUGACUGAGGAACAACUUAAAGAAAAGAUCAAAGAAAUAAAAAAGGCACUUACCAUUAACAAGAAUGAACUCUCGUCCUAUCGUCGAAAAAAGACCAGUGCAAACGAUGAUCGGUCGUCUGCGAAAGGGAUUGGAGUGCUAGGCGCCUGUGUUAUUUGUGCUGUUGUUUCUUUUAUCAUCAUUUUGGACUUCAAAACUCUAGUCCACCAGGGGUCCAUUUUAUGGAAGAGGUCCGUCGGGUCAUGCAAGCACUCUCAGUCUGCCCGCAAACGUUAGCAGGAAAAGCAAGGUUAUCCAUCGUUAUGACUUUUAAAAUAAAACCUGCAUUUUAGUACGAUUGCUACAGACUUCACUUUUUACAAUUGAAUAAGGAAACAUUAAACGUCAUUCUUUCCUUUGUUGAAAUUUUACAGAUGCCUUCCCAAUACAACAAAUACUUAUACAUCACCCUUAUGUUUCUUUG